GAUAUUUGCUUCGGUCAGCUGACAUGAUUGUAGUCCUCAGGUCAGAGAGGAACGCAACAUGAUAUGAGUUCCUGGAACAAACAUGAUAACUGCUAAACAUCGAAAGUUUAACGUGGAUAUUUGGAUGAUAAACCACUGAAAACAUGGAACACAUUAUAACGCCAAAGGUGGAGUAUGUGAAACUACUGAACAAGUAUCCUGAAAAGAAGUCAGCUCUGGGCACUCUCUACUUGACCGCUACUCACCUUAUCUAUGUGGAACAAACUAACAUUGCACGCGCAGAAACAUGGGUGCUGCAUCAUCACAUCAUGUCGGUAGAGAAGCUUCCAUUGACUGCAUCCGGUUGUCCACUCCUGAUCCGCUGUAAAACCUUCCAGCUGCUUCAUCUGCUGUUCCAAAAAGAGAGAGAUUGUCAGGAUGUCUAUCAGUCACUUCUGCACCUCUCUCAACCAGUCAAAGAAGAGGAGCUGUAUGCCUUUCUCUAUACUCCACACCAGAACCAGGAGGACAGAAGACAGGGUUGGGAAUUCAUCAGUGUGGCGAACGACUUCAGCAGGAUGGGUCUCUCCAAUGAAUAUUGGGAAAUCAGCCCCCUCAACAAGAACUAUGAGAUCUGUAGCACUUAUCCAUCUAUCCUAGGACUCCCUAAAAAUGCCAGUGUUGCGGUAGUAACAGGCAGUGCCAAGUUUAGGAGCCGAGGGCGAUUGCCUGUUCUGUCUUACUAUCACAAAGACACUAAGGCUGCGAUCUGUCGCUGCAGUCAGCCUUUGUCGGGUUUGACAUCUCGCUGUGUGGAAGACGAGCAGAUGCUUCAAGCCAUCAGCCAAGCGAACCCCAACUGCCCUUUCAUAUAUGUAGUGGACACACGGCCUAAGUUGAACGCAAUGGCCAACCGUGCAGCUGGCAAAGGCUAUGAGAAUGAGGACAACUACUCCAAUAUCAGGUUCCAGUUCCAAGGAAUCGAAAACAUUCACGUCAUGAGAAACAGCCUACAAAAAUUGCUGGAGGUGUGCUCUAUGAAGUCUCCUUCCAUGAGUGACUAUCUGACAGGUCUGGAGAACUCUGGCUGGAUGAGGCACAUCAAAUCUGUAAUGGAUGCAGGUGUGUUCCUCGCCAAGGCUGUCAGUGAAGAGAGGGCGAGUGUGUUAGUGCAUUGUUCGGAUGGUUGGGACAGAACGGCUCAGGUGUGCUCUUUGGCUUGUAUACUGCUGGACCCAUACUACAGAACUAUUAAAGGCCUCAUGGUUUUAAUAGAAAAGGAGUGGAUCUCUUUCGGUCAUAAAUUCAGUCACAGGUGUGGCCAUCUGGACUCCGACCCCAAAGAAGUGUCUCCGGUCUUCACCCAGUUCCUGGAGUGUGUGUGGCAGCUUUCUGAACAAUUCCCCUGUGUGUUUGAGUUCAACGAACGUUACCUAAUAGAAAUACACAAUCAAGUCUACGCCUGCCAGUAUGGAAACUUCAUCGGCAACUGUCAGAAAGAGAGGCUGGACAUGAGGUUGCAUGAAAAGACGUUUUCCUUGUGGCCACAUCUUCUGAAGAACCAGCAUCUGUAUCGAAACCCCUUGUACCGGCGUUCAUUAGAGAGCACUUUUCUGAGACCCAGCACUUUACCACUGCACUUCAAGUUCUGGUGUGGGAUGUAUAACCACUAUGACAGAGGCAUGCACCCAAAACAGUCUGUUCUAGACCAGCUGAUCUCCCUCACACAGAAGCAGGUGGAAGGAGAGAGAACCAUGACUGAAUUACAGCGACAGCUGGCUGUUGCAGAUGGAGUUCUCCCCGAUCCAUCCGGACCAAUCAACACACCUACGAAACAGGACAGUCCAUGUGAGAAGACUCCUACCGCUCCUGUCGUCCAAUCAAAUGAAAGCUGCGCCCCUUUAAUUAAUGGAAACGCAGAGGAGGCGGUCCUAGGAGCUGAGAGGUGCAAUGAGGAAGAAGGGGCGGAGCCAGGAGCCACCGAACACGAUCUGACCUCCUCUGAGGACAAACCUGUUUCUGUGGAAACAGAACAUUCCAAAGAGGAGAUACAAGAAUCCUCUUGAGUCUCCAUAGUAACAGAAAAGGACAUUCUGACUGAGACCCCAAAGAACAAAUGUCUGGAUUAUUGAAAAGAUGCAUAAAGUACUGUUUCCACAGCUGAAGCUGCAGCACACUCGUUUGAGAUUGUUUAUAUUGCUGUUUAUUAGAUUUCUAUUCUUGUGCCCUGUUAUAUCUGUUCUGAACAUUUCUGCAAUGCUCUUUGUUUUUUGUGGACUUCAGACCAUGAGGAUUGAAGCUACAUGCUUUGAACGUAGGCACAGAAUCAUCUUCAUUUUGUUUAAAUGCCGUUCUGAUCAAAUUUUGCCUUAUAAAACUGUUUUUUUUAUGUCUUUCUCUUUCUCUACAUUUGAAAGCCAUAUUUUGAUAAUGAUUCAUUCAGAAACACAGGCAGCUGAUGUGAAAUUCAUGUUGAUAAAGGGAAGAUAUUGUUAAAACAUGGAUCAAA